AUGGCCACACUGCGCCAAAACGGACACUGUAACGGCACUCUCCGGACGGGGAGCACCACGGGAGGCGGCUUGGAGGACCGCCUCCGCUCCCGGUUCGGCGGUACUCACGGAGACGGUCCUAGAGACGAACAAAGCGUCGCAGACGGAGCGGAAACUUUCGAAAUGACCCGCCUGCACCCGACAAACGGCUCUGACCCGACUCAACUGAUCGUUGACCGGUCACAGGGACAGCCGGUGGACCUGAUACCUGUCGAGCGGGUCAUCAGGUGUUCGAAGGCCGGCCCGCCUGCUGACCUACUGGUGACCUCGUUUGACCUGUUGAAUUCUCCGGGGCUAUCACCGGAUGCACCGUCCGAUCACAGCCCUGGUCAGGAGCGCCAGGUUCAUGACAAAGAAAACACCAGUCGCCUGCAGCACCGACACUGGUGUAUCGUGGCCAUGUUGCUACUGGUGACUGCUGCCUCGGGCCUCAUCAGUGUGCCUCUGGUGGUGAGAGACAUGGAUCCCUCGGCAGCCAGCCGUCAUCUGAUGGCUGCUCGGCGACUCCUCAACGAAGUGCCGCUGGUCGACGGACACAAUGACUUUGCCUGGAACGCGCGCCGCUUUGUCUACAACAAGCUGAAGAGCGUGAACCUGACGUCCAGUUUGCGGCACGUGCGGCCCUGGAACGAGAGCGUCUGGUCGCACACGGACCUGGCCCGGCUGCGAGAGGGCAGGGUCGGCGCCCAGUUCUGGAGCGUGUACGUGCCGUGCGGUGCCCAGCACUUGGACGCUGUGCCGAUUGCGCUGGAGCAGCUGGACACCAUACUACGGAUGGUGGGACGGUACCCCGAUCAUACCGAGAUGGCCACCACAGCCGACGAGGUGAUGGCGAUCCACGCCCGAGGUAGGAUGGCCAGCCUUCUGGGUGUGGAGGGAGGCCACGCUAUCGGAGACAGCCUGCCGGUGCUUCGGAGUCUCUACUCUCUGGGUGCCCGCUACCUGACCCUCACACACACCUGCAGUACCCCGUGGUCAGAGCAUUCCGAGGUUCCACCGAUGGACCAGAAGGGACUUGCAGGCAUUGGAAAGCAGGUGGUUCGCGAGAUGAACCGUCUGGGGAUGAUGGUGGACCUCAGCCACACCAGUCUGCAGACUAUGCGGGACGUACUGGCGGUGAGCAGGGCACCAGUGAUAUUCUCUCAUUCGGCCGCCCAGUCGCUCUGCAACAUCUCGCGAAACGUGCCCGAUGUUAUCUUACGACAACUGGCGCUGCAGGGCGGCCUGGUGAUGGUCAGCUUCUACAGUCGCUUCCUUACGUGCUCCGACACUGCCACCGUGGACGAUGUGAUCGCCCACAUUGAGCACAUCCGGUCGGUGGCCGGACCUCAGCACGUCGGUCUCGGGGCCGGCUACGACGGUAUCAACCGGGUACCUCUCGGCCUUCCGGACUCCUCCUCCUAUCCGGUGCUAGUGACUCGGCUGUUGGCCAGACCGGGCUGGUCAGAACAGGACGUCAAGGCACUGGUUGGCCUCAACUUCCUCAGGGUGUUUAGGAAAGUGGAAAAGGUGCGGGACCGCCUGUCUGCUGAGGAGCCGUUGCCGCUGGACAGGGUGACCCCGGAGGUACCCGCCCAACCCACCAGCGCGUGUUCUUAUCGAGUGCCGCUUCACACGCACUGAGACGGAGGUGAUACGUUUGGAGGUUAUGAGGGCGAGAAUGUAUCCUUUAGAACGCGCUGCUUUGAUAUAGACUCGAAGUGUGCUGAGAACUGUGAGACCACAGACCACUACAUUUACGACAUGUAUACUUCUAAGUGGUAUAUGGUGAUCUGAAUGGGUGCCAGUAUUUGAUAUAGGGGAAGUUGGGGGAACGCCGAAUACUUUUUUUCUGACGCCCGUAGCACGCAAGGUAGACAACAUAAGCU